AAGCCCGGGCUCUUUCCACAAAGCCACGCUGCCUGAAUGGAGCAAAAAGCUUAUGGAGCAACUAUCAGAUGAAGAACUUGACCAUGGUGCUGAAGAAGAUAGCGAUAAGGAAGAUCAAGACCUGGACAAAAUGUUUGGGGCCUGGCUCGGCGAACUGGACAAACUCACACAGAGCCUGGAUACUGACAAGCCUAUGGAACCAGUAAAAAAAUCUCCUCUUCGCCAGGAAACAAACAUUGCCAAUUUUUCUUAUCGCUUCUCCAUGUACAAUCUGAAUGAAGCCCUCAGUCAGGGAGAGGCUGUGGACCUGGAUGCCCUCAUGGCCGACCUGAGCUCCAUCGAGCAGGAACUCAGCAGCAUCGGGGCGGCCAACAGUAAACGACAGGCCUCAGAAACCAAAGCUGCUCAGAAACUACCUUCCGGGCGACAGACCUUGAAGCACGGCGCCGUGAAAGGGCCGUCCUCCUCAUCUACCCGGAUGUCCAAAACCGCCCAAGCCAACUACUCCCUGGACGACAUCACCGCCCAGUUAGAGCAGGCCUCCCUGAGCAUGGACGAAGCGGCCCAGCAGUCGGCGGCGGAAGAUGCCAAACCCACGGUGGCCAGUCAGCAUAGACGAACGGCCUCAGCGGGCACGGUCAGCGACGCGGAAGCCCGCUCCAUCAGCAACUCAUCCCGUUCCAGUAUUACUUCCGCAGCUUCGAGUAUGGACUCUUUGGAUAUCGAUAAAGUGACCCGUCCUCACGAACUGGAUCUGAUACAUCAGGGACAACCGGUUACCGAGGAAGAACAGGCAGCAAAAGUGAAAGCUGAGAAGAUCAGAGUGGCACUAGAGAAGAUUAAAGAGGCACAAGUGAAAAAGCUGGUGAUCCGAGUCCACAUGUCCGACGACAGCUCCAAGACGAUGAUGGUGGACGAGAGGCAGACCGUGAGACAAGUGCUGGAUAACAUGAUGGACAAAUCCCACUGCGGCUACAGCUUAGACUGGUCCUUGGUCGAGACCAUCUCUGAAUUACAAAUGGAGAGAAUCUUUGAAGACCAUGAAAAUUUAGUCGAGAAUCUUCUAAACUGGACAAGAGACAGUCAGAACAAGCUCAUGUUUUUAGAACGGAGAGAAAAAUACGCUCUUUUCAAAAACCCUCAGAACUACCUUCUGGGAAAAAAGGAAACAUCUGAGAUGGCAGACAGAAAUAAGGAGGUGCUUCUGGAGGAAUGUUUCUGUGGAAGCUCAGUGACUGUGCCGGAAAUUGAAGGAAUCCUGUGGCUGAAAGAUGAUGGCAAGAAGUCCUGGAAAAAGCGUUACUUUUUAUUGAGAGCUUCUGGAAUUUACUAUCUCCCUAAAGGAAAACAAAAGGUCUCCCGGGAUCUCGUGUGCUUUCUCCAGCUGGAUCAUGUUAAUGUUUACCUCGGGCAGGAUUAUCGGAACAAAUACAAAGCACCUACCGACUUCUGCCUAGCAUUGAAGCAUCCACAGAUACAGAAGAAAUCUCAGUACAUCAAAUACCUCUGUUGCGAUGACGUUAGAACUCUCCACCAGUGGAUAAAUGGCAUUCGUAUUGCAAAGUAUGGAAAACAACUCUAUAUGAACUAUCAAGAAGCACAGAAGAGGACAGAAUCAGCCUGCGAUUGGACCUCUUUGUCUAGCUCCAGCAUCAAAUCAGGAUCUAGUUCCUCCAGCAUACCAGAAUCUCAAUCCAAUCAUUCUAAUCAGUCUGAUAGUGGAGUUUCUGACACCCAACCCGCCGGACAUAUCCGUUCCCAGAGUAUCGUCAGCUCCAUCUUCUCAGAGGCCUGGAAGCGAGGCACUCAACUGGAAGAGUCCAGCAAGGCUAGAAUGGAGUCUAUGAGCCGGCCCUAUGCUUCUCUUGUUCCUCCUCUGUCCCCGCAAACUAAGACGGCUACUCCGUAUUCGGCUUCGCAGCCGUCACCGCCUCUCCCCCCGCCCCCGCCCCCUCCCCCGCCACCUCCCCCGCCCCCUCCGCCCCCGCCCCCUCCCCUCCCUAGUCAGUCGGCCCCUUCUGCGGGUUCCACGGCGACGAUAUUUGUCAAAUACAGCACUAUCGCCAGGCUGCAGAAUGCCGCGGCUCAGCACUCGGGGCCUCUGUUCAAGCCACCGCCCCUUCCAGGCACCCAGCAAGGGACCCUGACUUCCCAUCCGGGAAAGCCACCCCUGCCGGCGCCCCCUAACGGGGUGGUCCCCCCUCCCCCGCCUCCCCCUCCGCCUCCUACCCCGGGGUCAGCUAUGGCGCAGCUGAAGCCGGCGCCCUGCCUCCCGUCCAUCCCGCAGUUCGCCCCGCCGCCCCCUCCGCUGAAAAUCCAUCAGGUUCAACAGCACGUUAUUCAGGCUGCUCCUCCUCCUCCUCCUCCUCCUCCGCCCGCUCCCCCACCCCCGCCCCCUCAAGCCCCUCCGAAGCCUCUGGUGGCUCUGGCCCCACCGACCAGUACUAAGACCGUGUCCCCCGUGGCGACGCCAAGCGUGCUGCCGGCACCCCCUCCCCCACUUCCUCCCGCCAAAAAGCAGCCGGCUUUCCCACCGGCCCAGAUGCCAUCCUCCCCUUCUGCUCCCGCCGGCCCCGUCCCCCCGCCGGUAUUACCGAAACAACAGAGCUUCUGCGCGAAGCCCCCCCCGUCCCCUCAGUCUCCGGUGCCGUCGUCGGUGGUGAAGCAGUUGGUCAGUCAGUUUCCCCCGCCGCCCACCCCUCCCCCCGCAGAGCCCCCGCCCAUAAGGACCGCUGCUCCGUUGGGCGCGGCCCCGCAGUCCCCUCCCGCCGUGAAAGCCAAGCCCAAGUGGCAACCCGGCUCGGUCCCGUCUCCCGACUUUCCGCCUCCACCUCCCGAAAAUAUCCUAGCGUUUCCGCCACCUCCACCGCCGGCCGCCCCCCUGGUCUCUCCCGGCCCGGACAAGCUGGGCUCUCCCGUCAAAAAGGCCAAGUCGUCCAGUCCGGGCGGGAAGAAACCACCUCCCACCCCGCAGCGAAACUCCAGCAUCAAGUCCAACAGCUGUGCUGAGUAUCAGGAGUCGAAGAGACCCUCCGUGGACAGCCUGGUCAGCAAAUUCGCGCCCCCGACGGAGCCCUCGGGGUCCCCCAACAGAGAGACCCCGCCCCCUCCCGCGGCUCCCCCGAAGCCCGGGAAGCUGAAUCUCUCCGGGGUGAACCUGCCCGUCGUCCUCCCGCACGGAGGCCUGGCGCUCAAACCGCCUGGCGUCCACUUGCCGGCGAGGGACCCCGUGGUGGAGUUUCCUUCUCCCCCUUCGGAUGCCGACUUCCCGCCCCCUCCCCCCGAAAUCGAGCUCCCUCCGCCCCCCGUGGAGAUCCCGGCGGUGUUUUCGGGAAGCACCUCCCCCAAGGUGGCCGUCGUGAACCCUCAGCCCCAGCCGUGGUCCAAGUCGUCCGGGAAGAAAGCCCCGCCGCCGACCCGGCCCAAGCGGAACGACAGCACUCGCCUGACUCAGGCCGAAGCCCUGGAGCGGCAGGCCGCCGCCGCCGCCCCUCCUGCCGCCGCCCCCCAAGUGCCCACCUCCCCCAAGGCCGGCCUCGCCGUCCAGCCCGGCUUCCUGGCCGACCUGAACAGGACCCUGCAGCGCAAGUCCAUCAGCCGGCACAGCUCCCUCUCGUCCGCCCGGGUGUCCAGGGCCGAGCCGACCGCCACCAUGGACGACAUGGCCCUGCCGCCCCCGCCCCCCGAACUGCUCUCCGACCACCAGAAGGCCGGCUUUGGGGGCGGCCACAUAUCAGGCUAUGCAACCCUGCGCCGGGGGCCACCGCCCGCUCCCCCCAAGAGGGACCAGAGCACCAAGCUGUCCAGGGACUGGUAGCCGCCCGGCCGCCUCCGAGCGGCUCACGCGACCGGCGACGAAUCGUCGGGGUGUCCCCGGACACCCAGGGCGGGCGGGGGGGGCGAG